AUGUCAAAUUAUCUUAAUUUAUAUCAGCAAUUCAUUAAUAAAAAUAAUGAUGCACUAAAAGAGCUCAAUAAUAAAGAAAUGCUUGAAGAAUUAAAAAAGAGUAAGUUUUAUAAUAGGUUGAUUUUUAUUGGAUGUGAAACAAAUAAUAAGGAGCUUGUAGAAUUAUUAUUAAAUUAUAGUCCUUCAAAAUUAAUUUGUCAAGAUAUACAUGGGAGAACUCCAUUAAUGAGUUGUUUAUUACAUCAAAGUUUAGAUGUGAUUGUGCUGUUAUUAUCAAUUGGAGAUUGUAGAUUAGAUAUUGUUGAUUCUUUUGAAAAUAAUAUACUUCAUUAUCUUUCAAAUUGUGAAGUUGAUGACUUAAUAGAGUUAUUAAGUAAGAGAGUAAUUGAAGAAUAUCCCUUAUUUAUUAAAAGAAAAAAUGCAUUAGGAGAAAGUCCUCUUCAUCUUUCAAUUGAGAAAGGUAAUAUUAAAUUUGCACAAUUAUUACUUGAUAAUGGAGCACCACUAAAUCAAGUUACAAAUGGCAAUCAAUCUCUUCUAGAUUAUGCUCUUUAUUGUACUACCAAUCAAAUAGAAACGAUUCAAUUUGUUAAGACAAAAAUAAAAGAAAAAGAAUUUGAAUUAGAACAAAAAAAAAUUAUUCUUUCAUCAAAAUCUGAAGAAUGUCAAACAAAAAUUGACUCUUCUGUAAUUAACCAACAAAAUAUUUCUGAAAAAACCAAUGGAAAUAUUAUUGAUAACACUAUUGAAAGAUCACCACCUGAUGUAGAGGUUAUUGAUAAAGAUGAUAUCCAACAAGUAAAAGAAAAUCCUACUAAUGCUUAUUAUUCUUCAUUAUUAAGUAGCUUUUUUAAAAAGAAAGAAGUAGUAAAAACAUUAACAAAAGAAGAAGAAUAUCAAAUAUUAUUAGAAAGUAUAGAAAUUAAUGAUAAAAUGCAUAAUUCUAUUGAUUCUUUUAAUAGAAAAAAGAAAUUUAGAAUGAUUUCUAUUGAUGGAGGAGGAAUUAAAUGUAUUCUUCAAGCAAUUAUCUUUUCAAGACUUGUAGAAAAAUUUCCAACUUUAUUAGAAGAAGUAAAUUUAUUUUGUGGAGUAUCAGCAUCAAGUUUCAUUUGUGCUGAUUUGGCUCUUGGGAUUCAUCCAAAAGACAUUAAAAAAUUAAUGAUUGAAAUGUGUAAACAUAGUUUUGAAAAGAAGUCCCGAGGAUAUAUGGAGUCAAUGUACUCUAAUAAAUAUCUUAUUGAUGUUGCCCAAAUGACUUAUGGAGAAAAAAAAUUAAGUGAUAUACAACGUUAUAUUUUAAUUAAUGCAUUUCAAUUUGACUCUGGAGAGAAUGACCCAAAUAGAUGUUGUAAAGCCUGUGUUUUCAAUAACUUUAUUCCAGGAUAUGACUGUAAAAUUGGUGAUGCUUGUUUACGUUCAGCAGCUGCUGUUGGUUAUUAUCCACCAUAUCAGGGAUAUGCUGAUGGUGGAAUUUUUGAAAAUAAUCCAUGUGUUUGUGCAUUUCCAUAUAUAUUUGGGGAAAGAGGACUUGGAAUAGAUAUAAAUAAUACUGUGUGUCUUUCAAUUUCAUCAGGAAGACCACCAAUUAAUUAUAUGGAUAGUAACAAAUAUACUGAUGUUGGGUUAUUACAACUUUUACCAUUAUGCAUUGAUGGGUUUUUGUGGAGUAGAAAGUCUAUGGCAGAUGAUGUUGCAAAAGGGUUUUUAGGAGAACGAUAUAUGAGAUUUGAUCCAAUAUUACCAAAUAAUCUUGAUUUGGAUUGUAAUGACCAAGUCGAAGAGUUAAUAGAGUUAGCUAAUAAUGUAGAUAUUACUUCAAUUGAAGAGUGGAUUCUUAAGUAUUGGCUGUAA